AUGAAAAUCGCCUUUGAGGAAGCCCAGCAAUUGGCAGACCGAGCCUUGCGCGAGAUUGGAUACCAGGAAGAAGACAUUCCCACCAUCCGUGACCAUUUGCUUGACAGCGAACUCCGCGGCUAUGGCAUCGCAGGACUCGCACGAAUCCUUAGCAUUGCCGACAGACUGUCCGGUAAGGCGCCAUCAUCUGGCAUCGAAGUGACCUCGGAAUCGCCCACAACAGCCCAGCUCAAUGGCAAGGACACUCUCGGCUAUCUGGUGGCCCACGAGGCGACAAAGGUGGCAAUCGAAAAGGCCAAAGCUUGUGGUGUUUCAGCCGUGGGAGCCAACAACACGUACUACACUGGAAUGCUUUCCUACUAUGCUGAGAUGGCUGCGGCUGAGGACCUUGUGACCAUCAUCGCCUCGAACUGCAGCCCCUGGGUGGCGCCAGAAGGCACCUACAAACCUCUCGUUGGCACCAACCCCUUCUGCAUCGGCGUCCCCACUGAUGGUGUCCCGAUCAUCUACGAUAUUGGAACCUCCCGGAUCAUUCAUGCACAAGUGAUGCUGGCGAUGCGCAAGAACGAGCAAUUGCCACCGGAUACAGCAUUCGACGAGAACGGGGAAAUGACGACAGAUCCCGAGAAGGCGUUGAAGGGAGCACUAGCAGUCUGGGGUGGUGCGAAAGGAAGCGGUUUGGCUAUCGCGGUCCAGCUACUGGGGAUCUUGGCUGGUUCCCCUGCACUGCCCCCAAAUCUGGAAGAGUUCGGAUACUUCAUCAUGGCCAUUGACCCAUCAAAGUUCAGGCCUAUGGCUGAUUUCAAGCGCGAGGUGGGAAAUCUCAUCACUGCUUUCCAUACCACUCCGACCCUUCCUGGCCAUGCGCUGAGGCUUCCCUUCGAGCGUUCGAAUCGUCGCAGACAGGAGACCAGGGCCAGUGGAUAUCUCGAUGUCGACGACGUCGUGAUCGAGCGACUCGAAGCUUUGACAUCGCGGUAG